AUGACUAGAUACUCUGCUAAGCCAGCCAAUUCUGCCAAAUCUGCCAAGACCCGUGGUUCAUAUCUUCGUGUUCAUUUUAAAAAUACACGCGAAACUGCAAAGGCGAUCGCUGGCAAAAAACUGUCCAAGGCUAUUAAAUACCUGGAAGAUGUGAAGGAACAUAAGCAGGCUGUUCCCUUCCGACGCUUCAAUGGUGGCGUUGGUCGUUGCGCUCAAGCUAAAGCUUUUGGUGCUACACAAGGACGUUGGCCUGUUAAAAGCGCCGACUUUUUAUUGGGACUUUUAAAAAAUGCUCGGAGUAAUGCUGAG